AUGUCUGCUCCCCUCCGUAUCCGGUCCUGGCGGGCAGUAGAAACCCUCCAAAAUGCGACACAGCUUUCGCGCUCCUCAAGAGCCCCCAAUCCAAGAAUCAGCCAAUUCUCCAGCCCGAUGACCAAAAGAGCAAUCAGCUACACCAAAAACCAGAACAACCAAACCACCGCCAAACUCUCACCAACGUCCUCAUCCUCAACCGCAAAGCCCUCCCCCUCAGCAUCAACACCUAUCCCAACCGGCGUCCCCGCAUCCCGCGUCCCAGACUCAACCCCCAGCCGCGCAACAACCGAAAACAUCUCCAAAACAGGCCUAUCAGACAAACCCCGCGAGCUCGAUAGACCGGCCGAAGAGAGAAUCGAUUGGACACGCUCCUUCCACGGUCUAUCUGCUGCUCCGUUCCCUAAAGAAGCGGCCGAUAUCCUGCUGGCGGAGACGGAGCCGGACGAGGUCGAGAUCAAGCCAGAUGGUAUCCUCUACCUGCCGGAGAUCAAAUACCGACGGAUUCUCAACCGCGCUUUCGGGCCUGGUGGGUGGGGGGCUCGUGCCGCGGACCUCGUCUCCGUCGCCCGCGGCGAACAGGACUACUUCUCCCCGGACGGCAUCCCCACCGCCACGGAGGGCUGUCGAUCGAAUGCGCUCGUGCGCUGCUGCAAGGAUCUAGGCAUUGCGAGCGAACUUUGGGACCCGCGCUGGAUCCGCAAGUACAAGGCCAAGUACACGCGCGAGGUGUUUGUUGAGCAUGUGGUUAAUAAGAGGAAGACUAAGAUCUGGACGCGGAAGGAUGAUCCUGUUGGAUAUCCGUGGAAGGAGAGUGGUAAAUAG